AUGUCUAUCGUUGUGGAGCAGACGCUCCCCUACACAUCGUCGCAACUCCGCCUUGACGAUACCGAGAGGUGGAAUCGGCUGUUUCCGCUUAUCCGACCUUCAACAAAAGCUAUUUCCAUUGGAAAUGGACGAACCAUCGUGGUAGACACUGCGCUUGCGAAGAGCAACAGCAAAAAUGUUUUGGUUGCCGCAAUUGUGUCCGCGGGCAACUUCUCAGACAAGGUCCUCCGCGAGUCUCAUAUAGCUGCUUUUGCAACCGAGAAAUUUGGAGAUGAGACUAUUUCUGGUGAGGAUAUUGCAAGAGUUCUGAAGGAAAAUGGGUUCCCAACUGAAAAUGGGGUCGUCGUUAUCAAGGCUGGCUCUAAGCAGGGCUUGGAAGCACAACCAAACUCCGGUGUUUUAGAGGUGUUUGUCAGAGGCGAGUUGAAGCUUGACCAUAUCAUAUCUUUAUUGGAAGCAGCCACUCAAGAAACCAAGUCAUCUUUUGAAAACACCCAGAAAUUUCUCGACCACUACCUGAGGGCUGUUGCAAAGACCACAUCAGUAUUCCACGAGAAGAAGACUGGCAAAGGGCCUAACGUCAUCCACGCCGUUGAAACAUCAGAAUUCAGCUCGGCCAAAAAGUCGGUAGAAACGGAUUUGAAAUACCUCCUAAGCUCGAGACCUCCUUCUGGGGAAGAUGUGGUAUACGCAAUACAUGUCGCGGAUAUCAAUGGCCUCUCACGGCUAGAAGAUGGCAUCCUAGUUCAUGAAGUAUCAGAAUUCUGUGCUCAAAAUAAUCUACCUACGUAUAUAUCUCAUUCCACAAUUCUCGACAACCACUCUCAGGCGCGAGGCUGGGCUAUAUCGUUCUGCCCAGUGCCUGCAACAUACCUAGCUCCUCAGCAAAAGCCAACAAACCCCCUUACCAAUUCGAUAGGGGCAGCAGCUCCUACCAAGCCUAGAACAGGCUCCUCUCAAAUCCAGAUAACCGACUCUCAAGUUCGGAAGAUCAUCACACAAGGCUGCGAAAGCGUUAUUAAGGCCGAACCAAUAAUCACGGAGUACGACACCAUCGUCGGAGAUGGAGACUGCGGUUAUACUCUAAGAGAUGGCGCCAAGCAAGUCAUGAGUUUUAUCAGCAAUGCCGACCUCUCAAAGCUCCCUUCUACGCUCGGCGAGCUUGUUGAUGACCUAGAGGUGAACAUGGGCGGCACAUCUGGGGCCCUGUAUUGCAUCUUCCUCUCAUCGCUCGCGCAAUGUCUUUGGGACGCUCCGACUUUCGCUGAUGCUUUGAAAGGAGCUUUAGAGCAUCUACUAAAGUACACGAGGGCGAGAUUGGGAGACAGGACUUGUCUGGAUUGCUUGAUUCCUUUUGUAGAGUCGCUGAAGAAUACUGGAGACGCGAAGCUGGCGCUGGAAGAUGCAAGAAGUGGCGUUGAGACGACGAAGAAGCUUGAGGCAAAGCUUGGACGGUCGAGCUACUUAGAUGAGGCUGCUACAAGAGGCGUGCCAGAUCCUGGAGCUUAUGGGCUGUUGGUAUUGUUGGAAGGUAUGGUGGCUGCGGAGUAG